CUUGACUGACAUUAAAUCUCUGGAUAGCCCACUGACAGGCGCUCAGCUGUCAGAUGCACAGAGCACGGGAACGCGCUGCACGGGAACGCGCUGCGUGUUGUAGCUCACUGAGAGGAAGGAAAAGCGUCGAUUUGUGUCAAGCAAAUGUCAAGUUUCCAGAGAGAAAAUGACGCUAAAUCUCUGUUCAGAAGGCUUGAGUCCGCAGUCACUCCCAUCGUGUCCGGGGAGUACAGCCACCACCGGGACAGACCGCCGAUGGCAUCCCGGAUCUCCUUCACCCAAGUGCGCCUGGAAGCGGAGCUGGAGCGCUACCGGGCCGAGUGCCAGUGGGACAAGUUACCGAUGAUCAUCGACCAGAUGAAGGUGGCGCGGAUCCAUGAGGACGAUGACUACGGGACGCUGCUGAUGGCGGAGGCCCUGCUGGAGGACUGCCUGCAGGACAACAUGGACCUAUUACGGAGCUCCACGCCUCUGAUGGAGAAGACCCAGCCCAGACUGAGCCGGGCCAAGGGCCACCUCAACACCAUCCUCAGCCGAGGCCGCCUCUCGCCCAGGUACUUGAACGAGGCUCUGCUGCUGAUGGCCAAAGUGCACUAUGUGCAGGGUCGCUACCGGGACGCCCAGGGAAUGUGUGCCAGGGUGGGACUGGAGGAGCUGACGCGGGAUGAGCAGCCGACCUACCACCUCCGACUGCUGGCCGAGGCGUUUGUCAUUAAAGGUCUGUCUCUGGACCACCAGACAGUCUCUACCGUGUCCCGUGUCCGUCUGUCAGAGAGGGAGGAGGAGAGUCUGUCCUGCUACCUCAGGGCCUGUGACGCUUCUCUGUCCUACCUACAGGAGCUCGAUAAGACAGUAACAACACCUCACACCAAGACAGCCAAAGCCAGUCUGCUUCCUCCACCCGCUGAUGUGGACCUGGGCUACUUCCUGCAGGCUUCCUUACAGAGUGCUUACCUUUGUCUGCUGCAGAGGGGUCAUCUGGCGCAGGGUGCUCACCAGCUGCGUAGGGUGCUCAGGGUGGUGGAGUCACGAGGGUCUCAGAGCUUCAGGAAGUCUGCAGCGAGGAAGCUAGCAGAGGUGCUGCUGAGUUCCGUGAGUGACGACAGCUACUGGCCCCCGCUGGGCCCCCCACCCUCAGCCUGGCUCCACAGAGAGGGGGCCGCUGCCUCCAAAGACGCCGUCUACCCCACUGUUAAACCACCACAACGUUACAGCAGUGACUGUUGCUUCUGUCCUCAGGACGUGGUGGAGGAGGCUGUGUUACUGCUGCUCAUCACAGAGUCCAUGGCCAGCGGCGAGGCGGUGAUCAGUCGUCUUCCAGACCAGGCCGAGGCUCGCAAGGCCAGCCUGCAGGAUGCCACCUCUGUCUAUGACCUGCUCACCAUCGGCAUGGCCAGGAGGGGGCAGUACGGCAUGCUUUCUGAGUGUCUGGAGCGAGCCAUGAAGUUUUCAUUCAACGAGUUCCACCUCUGGCACCAGCUGGGCCUGUCACUCAUGGCGGCCGGGAAGUGGGUUGGUGCUGUGUCUGUAUUAAAGGAGUGUGCCAGGAUGAGACCGGAGGACCCCUCAUUGCCCCUAUUGGCUGCUAAAGUCUGCAUUGGUCAACUGCACUGGUUCGAGGAGGCUGAGGCUCUGUCACAGAGUGUGGUGUCUCUGGGGGAAGGAGCCGGAGAACUUCUACCUAGGGCCUACCUGUCCCUGGGACUCUGCUGCAGUUUACAGGCCUCUGAUGCGACUCUAAAAGCUGAUCGUGAUGAAUUCAACAAAAAAGCACUGCGAGCUUUGAGCAAGGCUCAUUCAUUAGACCCCCAGGAUGCUCAGAUUGCUAUGUAUCUGGCUCUGCAGCUGGCACUUGUACGCCAGGUAUCGGCAGCCAUAGAGCCUCUGCAGGAGGCUUUAUCUCUCCGUGGGGACGACUUGCACUCCCUCCACCUGCUGACUCUGCUGCUGAGCGCCCAGAAACACCACCGUCACGCCCUGGAUACCCUGGGCUUGGCCCUCAGCCAGCACCCCGGCAACUUCAACCUGCUGUUCACAAAGGUGAAGCUGGAAGAGGCCCUCUUUGGCCCGGCCGCAGCCCUGCAGACCUGUGAAGAGAUGCUGCAACAGUGGCUGAGCCGCUACGACGUCAGCCGCUCCACUGAGACAGAUGACAGCAGCAGCAUACCGAUGGCCGAGCGGGCGGAGGUCAGCCCUGGACCCAGGAAACCCUCCAUCCACCUCACCCUGCCCGACUUCCAGGACGCCUCCACUGGUUCGCUGAGCCCUUCGUCGGUUGCAGUGUCUCGUCUGGAGGCGGCGCUCUCUGAGGUGUCGGACCUCAGCUCCGUGCGUCGCCAAGGACCCACUUACAUCUGGAACACCCUCGAACGCAUUUGGCUGCAGGCUGGGGAGUUGUUCAUGGCGGACGGCCGGCUGAAGGAGGCCCAGUUCUGCAUAGCCGAGGCCAGCGCGCUCUCCCCCAACUCGUACUCGGUGCUGCUGCAGCGUGGCCGCCUGGCCGAGCUCCGGUGCCAACUGGACGACGCCAAGGGCCUGUACGACGAGGCCCUGGCCAUCCAUCCCACAGGAGAGGGCACACUGGUGCACAUGGGCCGUCUGCUGGUGAAAACUGAGCGCACCCACCUAGGGGAGAAGGUCCUGCGUGAUGCAGUCCAGGUCCACAGCACCUCUCACGAGGCGUGGAGUGGUCUGGGAGAGGCCCUGCAGUCUCGGGGCUCCAGCCAGGCCCCCGACUGCUUCCUGACAGCCCUGGAGCUGGAGGCCUCCUGCCCAAUCCGGCCCUUCACGAUCAUCUCCAGGGAACUUUAAGGGGGCCUGGGCUGGGGUUGGAGGUUUGGGUUAUAAUAUACUGUGAUGCAGAUACAGUGAAGAAGCCGUGCUGGGUGGAAAACAUGUUCCUUAAAUGAAAAGUAACAAUUCUUUUAGAAAAUAGGCCUGUUUGCUUGAUGAGAAGAUUGAUGACACACAUGUCUGUCAGUUGAAUAUGAAACUACAGCCAGGAGACAGUUAGCUUUGCAUAAACCCCUAUAAAACCACAACCCACAUUUUUUUACCGUGAACCAAUUAAUCAAAUAACAAUGUGAUUAGUGAAGUAAAUUAGGUUUCAGUAAGCAGAUAUUUUGCAACCCUUGGACAGAGCGAGGCUAGCUGUUUCUCCCUGUUUUCCCUUUAUAUGCUAGGCUAAACCAGCUAACUCCAGGAUGUAGCUUUAUAUCUAACUAGCAAAUAUGAUUGCGGUAUUUAUCUUCUUAUCAAACGUCCAGCAAGAAAUCUAAAGCUGUAAAUGUAUUUCCCAAAAUCCAAAGUAUUCCCCUAAAUAGUCCAAAUGACUUUCAUUUUCAACCUCUCAAAUAUUAAGCUAAUUGCCCUUGAAAUAUGAACAUUCCUAUGUUCUUUAUAAGUUAUCAGCUAAAAAAAUGCAUUAUUACAUGAAAACAUUUACGUUAAUAUCAGAUAUCAAUGCUGUUCAUGUGAAGAAAACACAACAACAGAGUCGUUUCAAAUGUUUGCAACACAACAGAGCAGUAUAUACAGAGAGAAUAACGUUAUAAUGUAGUUUUUUGUAACAAUGUACAUCUCCUAUGGAGUUAUAUGUACAGAAGUCAUAGCUCUUUUGCAAUUAGUGACAAGUGAGUAACAUUCUUAAUAAUCUGAAUCAUUGGGUGUUUAUUUAAUGGUCCAUAAACCGCGAAGGUGUGCCGGUUACAUCUUUAAGAUAGAAUGUAUGUUGUUGAGUACAGGCUGUCAGGAACACCAGCAGCUCAUCUUCAUCGUAGCCUUUGAUGUAUUUUUGAUGAUCACGUUGAUUGACGCAGCUUUUCAUGUACACACAAACCCCCCCCCCACCACCACCACCACCACCACCCCCCACCCUGUCAUCCUCAAAUGAGAGCUCAUGAGAGCUCAUCCAUUUUCGCGUAUCAUUCCAUAUGUCUUUACUAUGUGUGUGUGCAAGGAUAUGUGUUUCAAUGCAGUUUGUCUUUAUAUUAUGUAUCUUCAUGCAAGCAUGCAACGUUUGUUUUCAAAACCGUCCCUCUGGGGUGUUAUCGGACGCUGUUCUGUUUGUUCUGUCUGUACGGUACAGUAGGCGACUCAACCGCUCAUAACGUGUGUUGUUUUUCUUGUUGUUUUUUUCUUUUUCUUUUACUCAUCUGUUUGUAAUGCUCUCCAUUAUAAAACAACAAAGGCUUUUGAAAAUCA